AUGCUGCGGCAUUUCGCGCCAUGUGUCCUGCGAGCCGCAGCAGAAUGUUCGUAUUCUCGUCGUGCUUUCUCUGUCGACAUUGACCAUUCUCAUGAAAAACCAGCACCAUUCCAAUUGGAACAUAUACAAACGCGACUGAUUGAAACUGUGCCAUUAAUGUUUAAGCAGCGCCUCGACUAUACGUUCUACCGGAAGGAUGUAUUCUGUGAUGAUCAGAUUUUCGGACUUAAAAAGCAUGGUGUAGAGCAGCUGAUGCAGCACUUUGGAACGAUAAGCGUUUUAGCUCAAUUGACACUGCCGCAUGUACAUAUGGAGACUGUGAGCGUAAUACCGGUGAUUGAAGAUGGUACUGUGCGAUGUCGUUGGCGUGUGAAAUAUAUAUCGUUUCCAAAACUCAUUAUGAAUCCACGUCUCCUCAAAUUUGACUAUCGCAUGAAAAAUCUUAGUUGGUACGAUGGAUAUUCUGUUCUCACCGUUGAUGGUAAUGGCCUAGUUUUCAAGAUAACAUUGCAGAAGACUCAACGGGAUGAAGGAAUGUUGCUUGAUGAAAAAAGUGCAAAGGAUAAGUUAGCUGAGAAAAUCGCAGUUUUUCGACCAGAACCAGCAGCGACGAACUUUGUGCCACAACGGGAACGUAAAAGCAGUUCUAGAGAUAGAUGA